ACGUAAUGUUGUGUAGAUACACGACUCUCUUUAUUGUUUGUUCCUUUUCCGAAAACUGCGUUACAGUCUUCAAUUUUCCAAGUAAAAUAAAAAAUGGCUAAGUCAAAAAAUCAUACUAAUCAUAACCAAAAUAGAAAAGCGCAUCGCAAUGGCAUUAAAAAGCCCAAGCGCUAUAGGCAUGAAUCUACGCUAGGGAUGGAUUUAAAGUUCUUGAGGAAUCAACGAUUCGCAAAAAAACACAAUCUUAAGCCACAGGCUCAAUUAAAGAGGGCAGAAAAGCGAAAAGCUCUUCGUGAAGCUAAAAAAUAAGUUGUAUUAUGUUUUUACUAAAAUAAAAAUCUAAUAUUACUUUA